AUGAUUUUUCCCUGGCCGCCUUUCAUCUUUGGAGGUCAAUCCGUGUGUUUCUGUCUUCUCUCUCUCUCUCUCUCUCUCUCUAUCUAUCUAUCUAUCUAUCUAUCUAUCUAUCUCUCUCUCUCUCUCUUAUUGUUCAAUCGUGAACGCUCUGCCCUAUUUUAUCUAUCUAUCUAUCUAUCUAUCUAUCUAUCUAUCUAUCUAUCUAUCUAUCUAUCUAUCGCAAUCAAUAUGUGUCCCUAUCUGUCGAUCGGUCUAUCACAAUAUGCUGCACAAAAUAUUAAUUCACGACGAACGAGUUCAGCUCAGAAUUUGUCAGGGAUAAAAAUUUCAAAUAGGUGUUUGAAAUAUGACGGCAAACAAUAUUCAAAGAGAGACGAGAUUAUAUUUGUACAUCUAUCUAUCUAUCUAUCUAUCUAUCUAUCUAUCUAUCUAUCUAUCUAUGCUCAAAUCUAUGACAGUCUGCUCAUAUCUAUCUAUCUAUCUAUCUAUCUAUUUCUUUUUUAUUUUAUUUUUUUCUAUCUAUUACUUUUUUAUUUUUUUUCUAUCUAUCUAUUCAAACAUUCUGUUCAUAUCUAUCUAUCUAUCUAUGUAUUUACCAGGUUCAACAGGAAAUCUAUCUAUCUAUCUAUCUAUCUAUCUAUCUAUCUAUCUAUCUCAGAUCGUGACACUUUUAUCCCUGACGAGGAGCGCAUCUUUCCACCCCACUCCCCGCGUAAUGAAAUUUUAUUCCUCUCCUUCCUAAUUCUUCUUACCACUAAUUUUUUCACUUUCUUUCUUUCAUUCUUUCUUUCUUUCUUUCUUUCUUUCUUUCUUUCUUUCUUUCUUUCUUUCUUUUCAUUCUUUCUUUCUUUCUUUCUUUCUUUCUUUCUUUCUUUCUUUCUUUCUUUCUUUCAUUCUUUCUUUCUUUCAGAAAUUUUCCGUAACACAUUUUUCAUUUCAAUUAAUUUUGAUUUCCUACAAUACUUUGUUUCUUUCUAUUUUUGGUUCUUUUUUCUUUCCAUCCUUUUUCUUUAUUUAUCAUUCUCAUUUUAUUCUCUUCACUCUCUCUCUCUCUCUCUUUUCAGUUCCUCAAUUCUUUCUUUUCUUCUUUGUCUUUUUUUUCUAAUCAUUCUUUCUCCAUUCCUUUCCUCUUUUUACUUUAUUUGUUCCCUGUUUCAUUUCCCUUUUUAUAACUUAAUUAUUGGUUUUUGCGUUUUUUUCUUUUAA